AUGACAACCACCAACAACACUUCUCCAUUGGCAGUUAUUGAUGACUCCAAGAAGCAAUUAACCGAAGCACUUACCAACGUCACUCCUGACGACUUCCUAAUAUCGGGUAUUUUGAACUUUAUUAGAUCAAAGUUUUUAUCAUUCAUCAUCAAGGAUAUCAAUGAUUCCAUAAGGAAAGCAUCACCACAGCUGAAUGAAUCUGACUUACAAUUGGCCCAAGGGGAUUCCAAAAAAGCUGAAGAAACUGCUGAAUGUUUGAUUGAUAGAAUUUGGAGUGAUUUUUAUCACCCAGUAAUGAGAUAUUAUCAAUCUCAAUUCCAGGAGUUGAAGAACCAGGAAUUGAAACUCAAAAGAAAAAGAACUGUUGAGUUGAGAAAGCUAAAUGAUAGAUUUAAAAAGAUCUCCAAAGUUACUAGUGAUUUCUUUCUUGAUUUGUUGAAGCAAAUUUUAACACAACACAAGCUUGACUUCAUUGUCCCAAAGAAUUUUUACAACUUUUUAGAUCUGGAGAUUUCCCCAAAUGCCGUGCAAAUCAACAAAUCCGAUAAUGCUAUUGUGGUUAAACUUGUCUAUGUUGCUCAUCGUUCAUUAUUAUUCCUUGGUUCAAUUUCGCGUUAUAGAAGUUCAUUCUCACAAAUGUUGGCAAAGACUGAACAUGAAGAUUUCAACCGUGCUCUACAGUAUACUCAUUAUUCUGAACUUUUGUUACCAGCGUUUGGGGAAGCCCGUAAUCAUAUUGGUAUGAUUUAUAGUGCACAGGGAGAUAAUUUAUCAGCUUCUUAUGAAUUCUUGAGAUCUUGCUCAACAAGAAUCCCUUCCAAAUUGGGUGCAGCUAAUUAUAGAGUCUGCAUGAAUAGUACAACUGCUGUCAUUGAUGAUCUUAACAGGCUCAGAUUGGAAGAUAAUAUAACAAACAAGAACCGUUACAAACAUUUGUCAACAUACUUUUCUGUCCUGUAUGGGUUCCAUUUCAAUCCAAGUCGAUGGAAAAGGUCGGAAAGUACCUUCAUAAAUGGUACUCCAGUUAAAGAGGUCAAAAAUGACCUAUAUAAAAUCAUCUCAGAUUUAGCAUCAAAAGGUCAAGAUGAUGUUUUCGUACUUCAAAAAAUGUUGAUUUUGCUCAUAGGGGGUAUUAGCUUUUCUGAAGCAUCAAGAACAACUUCACUGACCCCAGAAUUAACAACUUUGUUCAUGUUCGCUUUCGAAUUUAUUGAUAUCAUUGAGAAAUUUUUCAUUGAGCAAUGGAGUGUUGACAAGUCAAAAAGUUUGAAAUUACUGCCUUUAAUACGUUUAAUUCUAUCAUGGUUGAGAAAUAACAAGUUGGCUUUACAAUAUUCUCAUAGAGAUUCAAAUUUCCUGAAAACCACUGCAAUUUUGUUGAAUCUUUUGUUUAAACAUUCACAAGGUGGUGAUUUUGAUCAUCGUCCAAAGAGAGAUCAAUAUUUUUUUGAAGAUGUGGGUUUAAAAGAGUUCAUUCCAAUUGGUCGAUUAUUUUGGGAUUUUGAUGAUGGUCAUAUUUUUGAAGAUUCAAAUUCCACUUUAAAAUUGAUAGGUGAAUUCAAACCACACGAUGAAAAGGAAGAAACAAGCUUAAGAGGAUUAGCUGUUGGUUAUUUGGGGAAGAAAAUUAUAAGUGCCAAUCGUGUUGGUAUUAAAUUCGAUGACGAAAAGAAAUUGUUUGAUGUUUCAGAUGUCAAGGACAUUCAAAAGAAAAAGAUUCCAGGUGCUGUUCCGAAACAAGUUUCUCCUGCUAAGAAUGAGGAAAAACCUAUAACUGCUAGUGCUAAGAGAAAUAGAAGACGAAGAAAUGGGAAAAAGAAUCAACAAGCAAGGAAACCAGUCACUCCUUCAUAUUCAUCUCUGUCAGCCUCAUCGUCAUCUGAUUCUGAUUCUGAUUCUGACUCUAAUUCAUCAGGUGGCCUUGUUGAGAUUUCUCAAAACAGUUUCGAAAGAAGAAACAAAUCAUCUGUUUUGGAUAAAGGUAUUGAAAACCUUUCAGUUUCUAAAGCACAAACACCACAGCCAAAGCCACCUAGUGCUGCUCAUGAAGCCGUUUUGAGUAUUGAAGAGUUGGAAAACAAGUUGACAAAUGCCAAAAAGGAUCAAAAUUACGCAAGUAUGGUUGAUUCAUUAGUUGACGAUACAUUUUCGUCAAAUCCAGUGUCUACUCAUACUCCAAGUAAUAACAAUGGGAACACAAGUUGGCAAUCAACUCCACAAUACAAUAUCCAACAAGCAUCUACACCAUUCAAUAGUAAUGAUGCAUUUUCUCCAAAUUUUAACAAUAACUCUAAUGGAGCUUUCAAUCAAUCACCGUUUAUGAAUCAAACGCCAUUUUCUGCUUAUCCAAACUAUUAUUCUGCUUAUCAACAACCACAACCUCAACCACAACAGCCUCAGCAACCACAAAGUAACAUGUACCAUCAAUAUCAAAGUCUUUACAGUCAAUAUCAAUCACCAAUUCCUCAACAGCAACCACAACAACAAGGUCAGUCACCUUUCAACAUGUAUAAUUAUGGUGGUUAUGCUCAAUAUGCAUACCCAAACAUUCAGGUUCCUCAAACCCCUAGUCAAUCAAAUUCACAACAACAACAACAACAGCAGCAACAAAAUCAACAACAACAUCAGUGA